AUGGGCAACGAUAUUGACCUAGAAGCCGUCAAGAGGGCCACAAUGGCCGAUCUCUCUCGCCUUCGUCAGGAAGAACUUCCACUGGGCCAUCAAGUGAGACCAGAUCGCCCAAGUUACUCCCCGGGCCUAAAGAAUGGAACCAGCCACUUUUCGGUUUCUACAAAGGUUGAUCUCAAGAAAAAAUGGGGUGCCAAGAUCAACGAUGCAGAGUCCCAAAGUAUGGAAGGCCUUGAGCUCGAAGAUUCACGACCUUGGGCAAAAGGUCAGAAAAGAGAGAGACUUCCCGAUAUCAUAGUCCACGAAGAUGUUCCAGCUGUCCCUGCUUCCAGCGGAGCGCCCUCCUCAUAUCAGUCUCGGGGAACUCGUGUUCGGUUCAAACCCACGACACUCGCGAAAUGGGGCCCGGGACCUACAGAGACAGCUUCUCGACCAAAUCGUCAAGAGACUCCCCCUACUUCUGUCAAUGGUGGCAAGUCUACCGCUGCUGCUGAUGCUGCUUCUGUAAACGGCACUGCUGUCCAUGAUGGCAACUCUACCACUGCAGAUGCUGCUUCUGUAAACGGCACCUCUUGUACGCCUUUAGUCACGGAAAAGCAGGAUGAGGACGACCAGGAUCUUAUUGCGUCGGAGCACAUAUUGUACAAAAACCAGUGCCACCUUGUUCCAGGGAAGGCCGAGGCACUUAGUAUCGUCACACAUGUCGCCGUCAAAAUCCUUGCCGAGAAUGACGGCAUUCUGGAGAUUCGAAACGACUCUAAGGGCCUUCGAAUCCACAAUGCUCUUGAAAUCGAGCAACCCAUCCUUGACGGCGUCUUUUGUACUAUCAAAGUGAAAACCAGGCCCUUCUCUGAGAGGCUUCGGUUUGCUACAGUUAGCGACGCGCAAGGUUUUAAGAUCCAGUUAGUCAGGCUUCAGAAAGCUCUGCUGGAUCAGCAAAAGCAACAAGAGAUGGACAAGUCUCAGGUCGAGGAAAGCAAGGAGGAGGAGGACGGCGACCUCUUGAUGGCUGCCAGCCCCAUUGCGAGCACGGCGUCCGACACCUUGAUCCCCGUCUUCAACGGUGCAUCUCAACAGGUGCCCACCACGGAUAAAGAGCCCCUUAUCAUGGUGAACGACGAUUGGGGAACACCAGCUAAUAACAACAUUCCCAGCCUGGACGAUGAAACCUUACAGCUGAGUCAGUUGUUAAACCAGGCUCUGGAGCAGGCCACUGCCCUGGGGAACCACUCCGGUGAGAGUAUGAAUAGGAUCGAAUAUGAAAUCCUUGAACAGGCUCUCAGCCACGGUUCCCUGCAUGAGCGUAGCGAGCAAGUGCGAGAGGGUCUCCUGAGCAUCAUUCGUUCCUUGCUCAACAUAGUUUGCAAGCCGGUCACCCAUGAGUUUGCUUCGGGCCUUGCGGAUACCAAUGCAAUCGAAACCCCUAUCAAAGGCAAUGCUAAGGGCCUUGGUAGCGCAACCAUCAAACAGGACGAGAAUUCGAAGCAGGUGGAGGAUUCAACCAACCGCCCUGUGCUCGGUAUGCCGAAGGGCUUGGGAGCUUCACGUUUCGCCAAGAAACCGGCGGCAUACCAAGGCAACUUCACUGGCCCGAUCAAGUACUGA